AUGGAGGAGGUUAGUAAGGAAGAUAUUUUUCGUUGGUGUCACGAGAAGGAUAUAGAUGUCGAUUGCAGCUUUGGAUUGCGAGGAAAUUUGAAUAAUGCUAGUGAAGAUAGUAUGAUCAACGCAGUGAAAUUUCUUUAUGGAAUUAAUGAGCCACGCAUCGUAGAUAAAUGGAAAGGGUCUACCGGUACUAUUACAGCUGUUUUAAUAACUAAUCAGAACGCACUAGAUCCAAUGCUACUCCCUGGUAUGGUAGUGGUUGAGGGAGUCCCGGGAUGGAAAGUACCACUGGUGUGGCCUGAAAGGAACCCUGUGGGGGAAGAAGAGGGUCCCACAGGGGGUGAACACGGAACUGGGGAACCACAUCUCAUAGGUGGUGUUCCUACCGCUGGGCUAAAUACUGAUCCCAUCACUCACUCUGAGGACAAGGUGGAGAAUCAGGUAGAAACAGUGAUGGGUAAAAUGGUUAGCCACUUGGAGAGGUGGCAUUUUGAAGGAGGAUAUCGUCGCCUUAGGAUUUUCUCGGGAAUCACCCCGGUACCAGCAGGAGAGGAGACCUACGAGCUGUGGAGGGAGGCAGCCACUCAACAUUCCGAAGAGUGGCAGUGCCCCGAACAUGUUAAACGGCAGAGGGUGGUUGAAAGCCUACGAGGACCGGCGAUGGGGGUGAUUCAAGCCACCCGAAGGAGCAACCCCAAUGCUACCCUAAAAGACUAUGUGGAGGCUCUAGAUUUUUCCUUUGGUACCUUGGAAGAUGUAGGGGACCUACUGGCUCGGCUUAACCAUACUUACCAGGAGCCAGGAGAAACUUUGACCCAUUACAUUUAUAGAGUCGAUAGGUUAAUUUACAAGAUUGUAGAUAAAGGGGGGAUUGAUAAGGAAGGUGUGGAUAGAAGGAGACUGACUCAGGUAAUUAAGGGGGCCUUAACCAAUAGUACUGUAGCACAACGGCUCAGAUGUACUAUGAAUAUUAAUCGGCCUCCGACCUUAAAUGAGCUCGUGCGAGAAGUGAAACUCGAAGAGGUACAAAUAGAAAACCGUGAGAAAACCAUAAAAAAGGUCAAAGUAGUUUUACCCACCCCCUCUUCUCCCUCUAUAGAUGAACGACUGUUGAAGUUAAUUGAAGACCAGAACAAAAAAAUUGAACAGCUAAUCGCCUUACAGACCAAUCCUCCUUAUAGUCAGGGGAUGAGAAAUGAUUCCGGGGGGGAGAUAAGUGUAAGGAGGGUAAGCAGAUUUCCCACAAUUUGUUAUAGUUGUGGACAAGCGGGUCAUAGAUCCUUUGAAUGCCCCAUGUAUGGACACUUCCAAAGAGGAAAUAAUAAUAAUUACAGGAGACGACUGUCUACUCAGGAAAACGCCAACGGGAGUGCUGUGGACCCCUCACAGGCUCCCCAAUAA